AUGAACCCCACAGCUGUGGCAGACGCCACGCAGGACGAAAGCGCGUACGAUAGUUACUAUCUGUACGACAGCAUGCCCAAGCCUUGCACCAAGGAAGGCAUCAGGGCCUUCGGGAAGCUCUUCCUGCCUCCUCUCUACUCCUUGGUCUUUUUGCUGGGUCUGUUUGGAAAUUCCAUUGUGGUUCUGGUGCUGUUCAAAUACAAGAGGCUCAAGUCCAUGACCGACGUGUACCUGCUGAACCUCGCCAUCUCGGAUCUGCUGUUCGUGCUCUCCCUCCCGUUCUGGGGCUACUACGCGGCUGACCAGUGGGUGUUUGGGCUGGGCCUGUGCAAGGUUGUCUCGUGGAUGUACCUGGUGGGCUUUUACAGCGGCAUCUUCUUCAUCAUGCUCAUGAGCAUAGACAGGUACCUGGCCAUCGUGCACGCAGUGUUCUCCUUGAAAGCCAGGACUCUGACCUACGGGGUUGUCACUAGCCUCGUCACGUGGUUGGUGGCCGUGUUCGCCUCCCUCCCGGGCCUCUUGUUCAGCACUUGCUACACGGAGCGUAACCACACAUACUGCAAAACCAAGUACUCCUCGGUCAACUCGACAACAUGGAGGGUCCUCAGCUCCCUGGAGAUCAACGUCUUGGGGCUGGUCAUCCCCCUGGGGAUCAUGCUCUUCUGUUAUUCCAUGAUCGUCAGGGCCCUGCAACACUGUAAGAACGAGAAGAAGAGCAGGGCAGUCAAGAUGAUCUUCGCUGUGGUGGUCCUCUUCCUUGGCUUCUGGACGCCCUACAACGUGGUGCUUUUCCUGGACACCCUGGUGGAGCUGGGGGUCCUUCAGGACUGUACCUUGGAGAGGUACCUCGGCUACGCCAUCCAGGCCACGGAAACCCUGGCCUUCGUUCAUUGCUGCCUCAACCCCGUCAUUUACUUCUUUCUCGGGGAGAAAUUCCGCAAGUACAUCGCCCAACUCUUCAGAACGUGCCGGGGGCCUCUUGUGCUCUGCCAAUACUGUGAUUUCCUUCAGAUUUCCUCGGCCGACACCUCCAGCUCCUCUUACACGCAGUCCACUGUGGAUCAUGACCUCUGA